GCCUUGGUCGAGGGACUUUUUUUAGAGUUGUGCUUGGAUUUGUCUCUCAGUUCGAACAAGCCGUCCGAUAAAGGAAGGAAAAAAGAAGAACAUGGCACUGGCAUCCUGGUUUGGAUGGAAUGAACCUUCCAGUCGUAUUUCUCAAAGAAGCCCAAUGGAAAUGGUGACUGAAACCCUGAUGAUGGAGCUUGAUUGGCAGAUCAAAGAAGCUGAGAAACAACAGCGGGAGAAAGAAAACGAGUAUCGCAAGCUCAAAACAGGAGUUGAUUAUGGUUGGCUGGUUAACUACCCCAAGCACAGCCAUGAUAUCAGUCCAGGGGAGCGUCUGCAGCUGGAGGAUAUCUGUUCCAAACUACAUCCAUCCUAUUGUGGACCAAUUAUUAUUAGAUUUCGGCAACUUAUUGUUGAGUAUGAACCAGAGCCUGGAGAAAUACCUCAGCUUUUCCGUUCCGUUCUGCACGAUGCCACUGAGAAGAUCAAAGAGGAAGAGGACGCCAAGAAACUUGCAAGGCAAUGGAACACCAAGAACAAAACCAGCCUCUCCCUCACCACUUUCAGAUCCCGCAUCAGGAUUUCCCCUUUCAGCAGUGAUAUCAAGACCAUUUCAGAAGACGUAGAGAGGGGCAUGGAUCCGACUAAAAGAAUGUGGAGCAUGCCUGAAUUUAGGGAUACCAAGGACUACUGACUUUAUUUGUAACAAUAGUUUUUGUUUUUUUUUAGAAACAGACUAUUUUAUUUAUUUGGGGGGGGGUCUAUUUGCAGGAUGAUUAUUUUUGUCCUGUUUCUAAUUGUUUCUCUGUUGGGAAGAAUUCACCUGAAUUCUUUUUAGGUACCUUUUAAUCCAUGCCUGGAUUAUCCAUGCCUAUUAUUAUUUAUGCCUGCAAGUUCCUGUUUUCCUUGGGCAAAUACAUUUUAAAAAAAUCAUUCCGACAGAUUAGCCUCACUUUUACCAGUUUAUUAUGCUAUGAACUUGCAUGCAAAACUACACAUAUUUCAGCCUGGGUAUGUGUUUAUUUAAAACAUUUAUAUAGGUGCUUAUUUGUCACCUAAAAGGCCCAGGGAAUAAUGGUGAAAAGCAUGCUUAUUUAUUUUAGUUUUCUUUUGGGUUUUCCUCUCAAUCCUUUUGCCCAUGAUCACAGAAAAAUUGGCAUACACUGCACAACACCCAACCACCAAC